AUGGAUGAGAGGCGAGAUCUUCGCAAGUUUCCCCGUGGGGAGAGAUGUCCAGAAUGUGGUGCUCGAAGAUGGUAUUUGGAGAAUGGUCUUCGCUUCUGCUCCAACGGACAUCAGGUUGAGGGAUUCAUUCAAUUUGACAUUGGUGAUGAUGUCGAUGCUGGUCAGCUUGGUAAAAAGACAAAGAAAGACAAAGAGGUCAAGGAAAAAGAGCUGCGCCAUCUCACAGGGCAAGCAGGCAAGAAUCUGUUUCUCGAAUGUCUACAACUAGUGCUGAGGCAGCAGCUCCUUUGGCUCGUUCAGAUCAAAGGCCAUCGAGAAGAGCUUGAGACUGUCGUGCGCGAUCUGUGGGAUCUUCGUAUUCGAGGCUCUGGGACUCUCCUGGCUGAGGAGGAAACACAACAAACGGGCGAUGGCCUUGCGACAUUCAGCUCGCAGCCUACAGGCACAGAAAAAGAUGAUACGCCAAAGACUCAGAGCACAAGAGCUCGUAGCUGGAAUCCAGAGGACAACCCAGAUUGGCCUGUGCCGAGAAUGAUUGAAACCCUGGCCUUGUGCUAUCUUGGAUGCUUGUUGCUCAGGAUACCUACCACGAUUGGGGAGCUUUGCGCCUGGGCCAAUUCUAGACGAAUUCCUUAUAAACGAUCAUACUACGAUCUUCCCGAAGAAAUGCAAGAUCGACUGCCAUCUGCUUAUACUAGGGCCCUCAAAUUACCCCUGCGCUCAUCUCUCAGAGGCAUCGACAUGCACAAUGCUGUGCUAGAUCUCGCUCUCUCAUAUCAUCACAACUAUGGAAUGAUAUUCCCCGCUAUCAGUGAUACACCAACCAUUGUGCACUUUGUCAGGCAACUCACUUUACCAGACUAUCCCGAGAUCUUGCUCAUGUCAGCUAUUGUGGUUGCAGCAAAGCUGUGCUUUCCUUUAGGACAACACGCCCCUUUUCUUCGUGCCGCUAGCACAGAGCAGAGUGUCAAAUUCGACUGGAUAACAUGGCUCAAAGGCGCCCAAGAAUUAAUAGAAGCAUCUCAAACACCUGGGAAGGAGCCCAGCUUCGAUCAAGCUACCGCUGACCAAGUUACUUCAAUGACGACAGAAGAGCUUGACCAGUACUUUGCUCAUAUUGCGAGCACAAUCGACAGGAAGAAUGAUUCGGAAAUCACCAGGUUCUUCCCAUCAGAGAAAGCUCCUCCUCCAGAGGCUCCUACAAGAGAAAGCACUGAACAAGAUAAUGACCACAAGAUGCGGAAGAUCCUUGGUCAAGCAAUUACAGUAAAGUGGGAAGAGAGAUCAGAACAAAACGGAGAAACACUGGCAGAACCAAGUUAUGAAGCGUUCCGUUCGGUCGAGGACCUUACAGAGACAGCGCAAGCAUUGUACAAAGCUGCUGUUUACAUGUUGGAGCAGAAGAUGAUCUCAUGGCAAUUGAAGAGACGCCGAGAAGAAGGGCAAGAAGAGGAAGUUGUAUGA